AUGACAACAGACGGAUUUUCGCAAUUUUGCGGUUCACCUUUCUGGAAUUCAUCUUUGACUUGGAGUUCAGAUGAAAAUGCCUGGCUAGAAUUCACAGGAUGCUUUCAAAACACUGUACUAGUCUGGGUACCUUCUGCCUGGCUACUGUUUACCACACCUUCUUAUAUAUACCACCUUUACCAAAAUGCACAGCAGCAGAGACACAUAACUACUCAGAACCUUGCAAAAUCUAUAAUCAGUUUGCUACUAGCCUUUAUAACAUUCCUGGAGCUUGUUCAGAAAUUAGGAGCAGCUGGUGUAAAAGCUCCCCCAGUUUUUUAUUUCUCCAGUGCAUUACAAAUUAUUUGCUAUCUAUUAACAGGAAUCAUUGUCCAAGCAGAACGAUUAAAAGGUGCCAUCACUUCACCCACACUCUUUAUUUAUUGGCUGUUUACAAUAACGGCUGGAAUAAUUCCCUUUUAUUCUCGUAUUCUCCAGCAUCAAGAAAACUCUGAUCUUGUCAGCUUUGUCAUUUUCUACAUUUCCUAUGCAUUUUUACUGAUCCACCUUCCAGUUAGAAACCAGAGUCAGUUUUUGAUAAGCAGUUUUGAAAGGCAUUGGAACAAAGAAGUUAGACGAUGUGAAAAACUCAAGAAAAAGAAAGACUUUUGCCCCCCAAAAGAACAAGAAAUCAAUGUAUUCAAUGAAUCUACUCCUCUGCUCGGGAAAUACAAAAAAUUUGAAGAUACAAACACUGAAGAAAUAAAGAGUUCAUUUCUUGAUGAAGAUAACAAAGAUGCAUUUGCUCCUUCUCUCAUCCGUGCUCUAAUUUAUAAUUUCAGUGGCAGUUUUUUAGUAGCUUUUACUUGCAGAUUGGUUUCUGAUGUAAUAAGCUUCUUAAACCCCGUACUACUCAAUUUUUUGAUUGCCUUCACGGACAGUAAUGAUCCCAUCUGGAAAGGUUUUGUGCUUGCUGUUGGUCUUUUGGUUACAAAAAUCUUCUCCAUUUUCAUUCUCUCACAGUUUGAACGAUUAAACCUGACCACAUGUAUGCAAAUGAAGUAUGCCCUGAUUGGUGCAAUCUAUAAAAAGUCACUCAAACUCAGUAGUGAAGCGAAGCAGAGAUUUACAACAGGAGAAAUUGUAAACCUGAUGUCUGUUGAUUGUGAACGAAUUGAUGAAAGAUUGCAAGUUCUCUGGAUCCUGUUGUCAUCCCCACUUCAGAUUUCUAUCGCAUUAUACUUUCUCUAUAACAUCCUUGGAGUGUCUGCAUUUUCUGGACUUGCUAUCAUCAUUGGUUUCAUCCCAAUUAAUUUGCUGGUCACCAAGUACAUGGGAGUUUUUGCUCUGGCUCAAAUGAAGGUGAAAGAUCACAGACUGAAUAUCUUUGGUGAGGUUUUAAAUGGAAUCAAGGUUCUUAAGCUGUAUGCAUGGGAAGGAUCAUUUGAAGACAAAAUCAAAAAUAUACGUCAGAAGGAGAUGAUUUUACUCAAAAAAUCAAGUCUCUUUCUCUCAGGUCUCUGGUUUAUAUGGACAAUGUCACCAUUCGUAGUUAUGUUGGCUUCAUUUGCCACAUACGUGUUGACCACAGGUAAAGUUCUUGAUGCUCAGACAGCAUUUGUAGCACAGUCUUUGUUUAAUAUGAUGAGAGUUCCUAUGAAUCUCUUACCCGAGAUGUUUAUCAACCUUGCAGAGUGUUAUGUCUCACUUAAACGACUGAAGACUUAUUUCAAUGCAGAGGAGAUCGAUCCCAACAAUGUUCUCCAUGGAACAUUUGAAGGAAAUCCAGUUGUUAUUGAAAAUGGAACAUUUUCAUGGAAAAAAUAUGGAGAAAACAUUCUUCAAGGAAAUAAAGAUAUGACUCUCUCCCUCACACUUGGUCACUCUCCCUCUCUCAGAAUUGAUUACUCUCUCUCUCUUCCUCCCUCACACUUGGUUACUCUCUCUCUCUCACUUAUUCUCUCUCUGUUAUACUCUCCCACUGUUACCUCUCUUUCUCUCUCUCCCAGUCAAUCUUUCUCUCUCUCCCUCUCAGUUAAUCUCUAUCUCUCCCUCUCACACUCUGUCAAUUCCUCUCUUUUGAUCAAUCACUCUCUGUCACACUCGUCAAUCUCUCUCUCUCUCACACAUUCGGUCAAUCUCUCUCUCUCUCUCACACAUUCGGUCAAUCUCUCUCUCUCUCUCACACAUUCGGUCAAUCUCUCUCACAUUCGGUCAAUCUCUCUCUCUCUCUCUCUCUCUCUCAUUUGGUCAUUCUUUCUCUCUUUCUCACUCAGUCAAUCUCUUUCUCUCUUUUGCUCGGUCAAUUGGUGUGAGAGAGAGAGAUUGACUAUCUCUCUCUUUAGUCAGUCUCUUUCUCUCUCUCUGUCACUCUUUCUCUCUCUCUCUCUGUCAGUCUCUUUCUCUCUCUCUCUCUCUGUCAUUCUUGAAUUAAUUGAUAUUUCCAUCCAAGAGGGUUCUUUGGUGGCAGUUGUUGGCCAAGUGGGAAGUGCCAAAUCAUCUUUGCUUUCAUGCAUUUUAGGUGAUAUGAAUAAAAGAUCUGGAAAUGUUUAUGUGAAGGGGAGCAUUGCUUAUGUACCUCAAGAAGCUUGGAUUCAAAAUGCUACAAUUAAAGACAACAUUUUGUUUGGAAGUCCUUAUAUCAAACAAAAAUACAAGAAAGUUCUAGAAGCUUGCCAAUUACUACAUGACUUGGAAAUUUUGCCAGCAGGAGACUUGACAGAAAUUGGUGAAAAGGGUAUUAAUCUUAGUGGUGGACAGAAACAGAGGAUUUCUCUUGCUAGAGCUGUGUAUGCUGAUGCUGACAUCUACCUCUUGGAUUCACCACUUAGUGCAGUUGAUGCAAAUGUUGGCAAAGAAAUUUUUGAAAAUAUUCUUUCCUCCAACGGGAUUUUGAAAAGAAAAACCAGAAUUUGGGUAACAAAUGCAAUACAAUGGCUUCCACGUGUUGAUAGUGUGAUUGUGUUGAGUGGAGGCUAUAUAACUGAUGUUGAUUCUUAUGAAAAACUGAUCAACAAAGAAGGAAAAUUUUCAGAGUUUCUAAAUACAUACAAAUUUCAUCAGUCAGAGAGUAGCAAUGAAGAACAAGUAGUUGCUCAAAUUCCAACUGAUAAACUGGGUAGACAGAUAUCAAUUCUGUCUGAUAUUUCAGAAUCUUCAAUUUUAUCACAUAGAAGUUCAAAAAAUGCUGACUUUAUCGGGCGAUAUCUUACUGAAGAAGAAUACAAAGCAGAAGGCUCUGUGAAAAUGAAAAUCUAUUUCUCCUAUUUAAGUGCAAUGGGACUUGGUUUUACAGCAGUAAUGCUUAUUGGUGAAACACUAUUCCAAGCCAGUGACAUUGGUUCAUCUUUGUUGCUUACUAAAUGGACAGAUGAUCCUUUUCUGAGUAACAGUUCCAACUUAAAUUCUUCUGAGUAUUCUCACUUGACUAAUGAAUAUCUUUCUGGAUAUUCAUUAUUUGGCCUCAGUCAAGCUGUCUUCAUUCUGUUGUUUACUUUCACCGGAGCAUUUGCUUAUGUUCGGGCUGCAUUUCGUUUGCAUAACAACAUGCUGUACAGUGUCCUACGAACUCCACUUUCAUUCUUUGACACAACUCCAAUGGGUCGGAUCACAAAUCGGUUCUCUCAGGAUAUUGACAUCAUUGAUAAUGCCCUCCGAAAUGAGAUGAAUACGCUAUUCCAUACAGUUGAGACGUUAUCAGGCACAGCCUCCAUUCGGGCUUAUGGGGCCACUGAACGCUUUAUUCAACAGUCUCAGAAACGAGUUAAUGAUAACAUAAAGCCAUUUUACUGUUUGGUGUUGGCUAACGAAUGGCUAGCUUUACGUAUACAGCUACUCAGUUCUGUCAUGGUGUUUUCUGCCUGUGCUGCUGGAAUUAUGUCCCGUGGAAGUUUAAAUGGAUCUCUUCUUGGCAUGUCUAUCAAUUAUGCUUUUGAAAUCACUCAAAUUUUGAAUUGGUUGCUUAGUGUGAUAGUUCAGUUCCAGACAAGUUUCAUCUCGGUGGAACGUGUAAAUGAAUUUUGCCACCUUCAAUCUGAGGCAUCCUGGCAUAUUGAUAAUGAAGAUAUCGACCAGAAUUGGCCAGUGACCGGUAAUUUGGAGUUUAAUGAUUAUCGCACAAGAUACCGACCUGGAUUAGAUUUGGUGCUCAAGGGAAUUAACUGUUACAUUCCUUCUGGAGAAAAGGUUGGAGUUGUUGGUCGUACAGGUGCAGGAAAGUCUUCUCUUACUCUUGCACUAUUUCGGAUCAUUGAAGCUGCUGAUGGAUCCAUCUUGAUUGAUGGCCAAAAUAUUUCAGAUAUGGGUCUUCAUGAUCUAAGAUCAAAACUGACUAUUUUUCCACAGGAUCCUGUCUUGUUUUCGGGCUCAUUAAGAAGUAAUCUGGACCCUUUCCAGGUGUACUCAGAUUCUGAUAUUUGGAAAGCACUCAAACAUGCCCAUUUAACAGGUUAUGUACAAAGACAUGCUGCAGGAUUGCUAUAUGAAUGUGGAGAAAAUGGACAGAAUCUCAGUAUGGGCCAAAAACAACUGGUAUGCUUGGCUCGUGCCUUACUACAUAAGACAAAAUUAUUGGUGCUAGAUGAAGCCACUGCUGCUGUUGAUUUGGAAACGGAUGCUCUUAUACAGCAGACUAUUCGAAAAGAGUUUUCUGACUGUACAAUCCUCACUAUUGCCCAUCGACUGAACACAAUUCUUGAUUAUGACAGAAUUAUGGUGCUGGACCAUGGCUCUAUUGUAGAGUUUGAUUCUCCACAAAACCUCCUGAAGGACAAAGAAUCAAGAUUCUUCCAGAUGGCUCAGGAUGCUGCGGUUCCAACUCGCACAAAUAUGGCGACCACAGGUACAGAUAAGUCUACACGUAAAGUUGCAUUGAUCACCGGUAUUACCGGGCAGGAUGGUUCCUAUUUGGCAGAAUUCUUACUUGCUAAAGGAUAUGAGGUUCAUGGAAUUAUUCGCCGAGCCAGUACAUUUAACACACAUCGUAUUGAACAUCUAUAUGCAGAUCCAAAGACACACAAAGAAGGAUCAAUGCAUCUGCAUUAUGGAGACAUGACAGACAGCACCAAUUUGGGGAAAAUUGUCAGUGAAGUUCAACCAACUGAAAUCUACAAUCUAGCAGCCCAGAGCCAUGUGAAGGUGUCAUUUGAUCUGGGAGAGUACACAGCAAAUGUAGAUGGCAUUGGAACUCUUCGUUUACUUGAUGCUGUUCGUACAUGUGGACUGACAGACAAAGUGAAAUUCUAUCAGGCAUCAACUAGUGAAUUAUAUGGAAAAGUCCAAGAAAUCCCACAGAAGGAGACCACACCAUUCUAUCCUCGUUCACCAUAUGGUGUUGCCAAAUUAUAUGCUUACUGGAUUGUCAUUAAUUAUCGUGAAGCCUAUGGUAUGUUUGCUUGCAAUGGCAUUUUGUUUAACCAUGAAAGCCCUAGAAGAGUUGUGUGCCAUGGUACUUCAGGAAGCACGUUCUCUCAAACCCUAUCUUUCAAUAUUUCUCCCACUUCCUUUCUCUUCUUGCUGACCCCCCCCCACUUUUAUUUAUCCUUUUCUUUUUUUUCCCUCCUUUUCAUUUUUCUCGUUGAUCUUUUUCAACUCCCUCUAUUAUUUGUUUUUUUUCUCUCCCUCUUUAAAAAACGUUUUCCUUAUCUUUUUCUUUCUUUCUCUCUCUCUUGUUUUCUUCUUACAAGGAAAUCAUUUUGCAAUUUUUCUUUUGCUUGUCUUUCUGUCUCUUUUUGGUUGUGUACAUGCAUGUCUCUUGCCUCUCUCUCGUCGCUCUCUCCCUCUCUCGUCGCUCUCUCUCUCUCCCUCUCUCGUCGCUCUCUCCCUCUCUCGUCGCUCUCUCUCCCUCUCUCUCUCCCUCUCUCGUCGCAUUCUCUCUCUCUCCCUCUCCCCUCUCUCGCUCUCCCCUCUCUCGUCGCUCUCUCCCUCUCUCAUCGCUCUCUCCCUCUCUCGUCGCUCUCCCUCUCUCGUCGCUCUCUCCCUCUCUCUCGCUCUCCUCUCUCCCUCUCUCGUCUCUCUCUCUCUCUCUCGUCGCUCUCUCUCUCUCUCUCCCUCUCUCCCCGCUCUCCCCUCUCUCCCCCUCUCGUCGCUCUCCCUCUCCCCUCUCUCGUCUCUCUCCCCCUCUCUCGUCGCUCUCCCUCUCUCUCCUCUCUCUCUCUCUCUCCUCUCGUCCUCUCCCUCUCUCGUCGCUCUCCCUCUCUCGUCGCUCUCCCCCCCUCUCUCGUCGCUCUCCCUCCCUCUCUCCCUCCCUCUCUCCCCCUCUCGUCGCUCUCUCUCUCUCCCUCUCUCGUCGCUCUCUCUCUCUCCCUCUCUCGUCGCUCUCUCUCUCCCUCUCUCUCUCUCUCUCUCUCCCCUCUCUCUCUCUCUCUCUCUCUCUCGCCCUCUCUCUCCCUCUCUCGUCGCCUCUCCCCCUCUCUCUCUCUCCCUCUCUCGUCGCUCUCUCUCUCUCUCUCCUUGAUCUUUGCUCACGCUCUCUUUUCCGCUCUCUCUCUCGCUGACGCUCUCUUUUCCGCUCUCUCUCUCGCUGACGCUCUCUUUUCCGCUCUCUCUCUCGCUGACGCUCUCUUUUCCGCUCUCUCUCUCGCUGACGCUCUCUUUUCCGCUCUCUCUCUCACGCUCUCUUUCCUUUCCUCGCUCUCUCUCUCGCUGACGCUCUCUUUUCCGCUCGCUCUCUCUCUCGCUGACGCUCUCUUUUCCCCUCUCUCUCUCUCUCGCUGA